UAAAGCGAUACUCAGAGAGAAUGUCCUUUGCAACGUCGACAUGGGAAGGCAUAUGUGCCCGUUAUACCCCUGGAUGGAUCGAAGGAGUUGGGUCAGCGGCAGUCCAGUUCUUUGGCUUCAUCUUGCCCGGCUUGGGAUUCCUGGCGUUUGAUAUACUAAAGCCAGCUUCUUUUGCCAGUCGAAAGAUUCAGCAACCAUGCAAACAACCUUCCAAACGACAGAUGCUCUCAUGUCUAGGCCUCGUGUUUGGAAACCAGUUAUUCCUGAUCGCGUCUCAUUUCUUCCUGCUGCGGAUAUCAAAUUACGAACUCACACCCUUUCGGAUGGAUUCUCAACUUCCAAGCAUCCUUGAAGUGGUGAUUAACUGCGCCGUGGGUGCGAUCCUGAGGGAUGUGGUGCUUUAUUAUGUGCACCGUUUGAUGCACACAAAGAUAUUGUAUCGAAGGAUACAUCGAAUCCACCACGAAUUUCGAGCUCCGAUUGCGCUAGCCGCCAUAUAUUCCCAUACAAUAGACCAUGUAUUGGUGAAUGCGAUGCCAAUAUAUAUCUCAAUGGCUGUUCAAAGGGUACAUUUCCUGACUCUGAUGCUGUUUGCGUUUGUAGCAGUGUUUGAUGCUGCUGUGUCGCAUAGCGGGUAUUCCUUGUUCCGUCUGCCAAGCGUAGAAAACCACGAUAUUCAUCAUGAAAAAGGGAAUAUCAACUUUGGUAUUUUGGGUGUGAUGGACUGGCUUCAUGGUACUCACGCGUAGGUAAGACCGCCCAUGAAGUAUUCACCUUAGUGACUUUAUUUAGUGGUUGCUAACGAACAGACUAGUAUUCAGUACAACUUGCUGUGAAGUCCAACUCUUGAUAGACUAGCAAGUUGGAUCUUUUGAAAAAAGGGCAAUGGAUGGAUGAUGAUUCGCCCAACCUUUUCAUUUGUUUUUGGGAAACCUCCGUUCUUCUCCUCUCCCUCCCCCCCCUUCUUUGGGGGGGGGGGGAGAUUCUGUAGAAAUGGCACUCAUCAAUUGUCAAUAAGAGAGUCACACUCAAUUGAUAUCGCCGCUGAUCUACCACAAAUAUCAAUAGUUACUCCCGUGUCAAUUUGCGUUGAGAUUGUUCCUCCCACCUUGGCGGCAUUCUCCACCUUUAUAAUCUUCAAACAUCCCCACUUCAUUUGCCAGCAUAAGGUUGGUGUUCAACAGUAAUCUUGUACAUCAUUGUUCUAAAUGCAAGUAUAUCACUUUUUGCUGUACAGGCGCCGCACAAAAAUGAGGAACAACAUAAUGUGGAUUUGAGUCCAUCACUUACUUAUCUGUGUCAUUAAGGAGUGGGAGGUUGUUUGAGAACCUGCAUCCGGGCAUACACUGAAACACCAACCCACAGGGCACACAAUGUCUGGUUUUCCAAGGCUGUGCUGGUGCUCCCAUAGUAGCCAAAAUAAAUGGUCUCUGGCCACUGCGGUUAUAGUAGAUCCUUCUUUUUCACAGGUUGGAGGUCUUUCACAUUGUGUCAGUCUGAUUUCUCUUGAAGACGGGAUCCGUGUUACCAUCUCUGAUGACUUAAGAAAAGCAACCAACACCUAUUAUCAACAAGUCGUUGUGAGACGCCUAAUCUUGCUGCUUUCCAAAGAAUCACCAUUAAAGCUUACAAUAGCUGUUAUAAAACUCGGAUUUCAAUAUAUCAAUAUAGAU